AUGAGGGUUGGAGGCGACGGGAGCGGAGCGGAGAACGAGGAGGACGGCGACGACAGGCCGGGGUCGCCCCCGUGGACUGUCGUCAUGUCGAAGCGCCGCACGACCCCCCACAUAGCGCCUGGAGUUCCCAGCGCCUCGGUACGUCCCUUUUCGUCUGCUCACCGCAUGCAGCGAGACCCGCGCAGCCGGCACCCUCGUCGCGGAGGGACGGCGCCACAGAGGCGGAGAGGAGGCUCCGACCGCGACCUGCCUCUGUCGGCGAAGCCGCCCGCCUUUUCUUCUGCGUCGCGCCCAGCUUCCGCUGGCGCGUCGCCUACGUCCGCCGUUCCCCCUGCGCACAUAAGGCUCGCCCCUGCGUCUCGGCACAGCGAGCCCGCGGAGGCGGAGCUGCCCCCGCAGCCAUCCCGCGCGCGGUCCGUGACGACUCUCGAGAUGGCGACCGCGGCGGCGGCGGCGCCCCGACGCCAAGGCGACGCGGAACAAUGGCCGGAACUGGGAGUCGAAGUGUCCGUCGCGAACGGGGGCGAGCGCGCGCGGCAGCGCCAGACGUCCAGCUGGGCGACGGUCGUGUCAGGCAGGGGCGGGCCGCCCCAGACGCCGCGACCUUGUCCCCCGCUCGCGGCUGCAGGGCGAGAGGAGGCGCGAGCGCGGCCGGGCGACCUCGCAGGCAGGCAACCGCGCAGACUGACGUCGACUCACGGGACUCUGGCGACUGCGGCUCCGGGCCCAACGGUGAAUGGAGCGCAUGCACGCCCUGGCUCUGCGCGGACGCCGCCCCUCUGCAGCCACGAAGGCAGCCUCGCUGGAGGAGAGACAGGAGGCGCGGGGGCGCGGAGGGCUGCAGCGGGAGGGAAAGGCGAGCACGGAGACGCGCUGCGCUGCGCAGAAAACUCGCCAGCAGACGGGGCAGAGGAAGAGGCAGCGAGGCCGCGGGCUUCUGGAACGGAGCAGAUGCAGCUGGGAGCCAGCCGGCUGAGGCCGACGCGCGGGAGUCAUCCCGUCUCGCCGGCUUUAGAAGCGAAAAAGUGGCCGCGGUCGCCGCAGCUCCAGAGCGUCUCGGCGCUCGGCGGGAGCCGAGGCGACGCGAAGACUAGCGGGGCGGCGGCUGCUGUAGACGCGGCUACACGAAGAAGGGAGAAGGAUUUCAGCGGCGAGGCGAAGCGUGCACGAGGCGAGGGAACGGUUGUCAAAGAGAAAGAGGGAGAUUCUCAGCCGUUCGAAGGAGAGAGGAAGCGACUCGUUGAGGACGUGGCCAUGGCGGCAAACGGCCUUGAGCGCCUCGGCGCUGCGGAGGCGCAGGAACGGAAGAGUUUGAUGGAAGCCGCCGCCUCGCCAACAGACGCCGGGCUACCGCAAGCUUCGGGUUCCUUUCCCUCUCUGGCCUCGUCUUCGCUCGCUUCUGCACCAUGCGCGUCAUCGCCGUCGCUGAAAGCGUCAGCUCUGCAUCCCGGCAGCUGCGUGAGGCAGAUCGCCGACUCCGCGCGGAGAGGCGACGCCACAGAAAGCCCACAGAGGACGAAACCUGCGUCUGGCGCCGCGACGCUGCGGGCGAAGGUGGACGCGGCAACAAAGGGGGGCGCCUCGACGGCCGGCGAGAGAGGCGCAAGUGUCUGCAGUACGCCUCCAGGGGUGCGCACUCCUCAGUAUCUCUCCACCCAGCGGCGCUCAGCGACGCCGCGAACGGAGCGCUCGACAGAACAAGAAAGACUCUCGCCGUGUCGAGGGCCGGGUGAGGUCUCGAGCAAGACAGCAACAGAGCAGCAGCUCUCUGGCAGUCCCAGGAGAGCCGGCGAGGCGAGGAACAACGAGGGACGAGGGAGGAGACAGGCGGAGCCCAAGGGACCCGCAGAUGAACGAGGCAUCACGAAACCAGAGGAUGAGCAGGAAGCAACUGCGCGGCGGGUUGCAGCCAAAGAGGUCGUAGCCUCGGCAUCCGAGGCGAAGACGGAGAAGAAGGGUCAUGACGGCGGAAGCGGCGGAAAGGCAAAACUUGGAGAAGACGUUUCCGCGGAGAACGACUUCGGCAGGCGAGGAUCGAAUGGCGGUCGGCCGACUGUGGUUUGCCGGUGCGACCCCGGAGACAGUGGAACGCAGGAGCAGCAGGAGGACGAGGUUCGAGCGAUGGACGCCAUGUAUACUCCCGUGAAAGUUCUGCAGUGUGGGUUCCUGUCGCUGGCCUUUCUUUCGGAGUUGCACGACCCUUUCCUUCACUUCGUUCCCGCGAGCCCACACGCGCCAAGGGCGCCCUCGUCCUACCGCGCGACAGAACACCGUGGCGAAGAGUGCAGCGCGGAGGGCAGCGCGGAGGUUUCAAAGGACAAGAAAGAAGAGGUCGCGCAGGAGCUUCCCGCGGACUUUUGGCGGCGAGCCCGGUCGGCGGCGGCCCAAGGCGGAGGCGCGUCGCGCCUGCUUGUGGCACACUGCCGAGGCCAGACAGAAGGCAAGACCUCCGGGGCGGUCGCGAAGGCGGAGAAGGCGAUCUUCAGUCUGCGCAGGUGCGCGUGGGUAGUGGUGCUGAGCCCGACUGCGGGGUGCUUCUUUUCCGCGGUCUCUGCGGGCAGCGAGGAGGAGGACGACGGGGAAGAGGACGGCCUCGACGAGGCGAGGAAACGCGGAGCAGAGAGCCGCACAGAUAGCGACACCGGAGAGAAGAAGCGUGAGACGCCAUGGCUCGCAAAGGGACGCGCUGACAUGCCGUCCUCCUCUCUGUCUCCGCGGCGCUCGACGACACGGUCCUUGCCCACCUCCGACGGCGCCGCCCAGUCCUCGGGCGCCUCAACGCCGCGAGCCGACGCGUCUCUGGGUAAAGGCAAGAACGCCGUGGCUGCUGCACAGCGGCAGUGGCUGGAUCCAGUAUCGCAGUCCUCGGUGUCGACGAGGGCGGAGUUCCCCUCCACCGACGGCGCCGCGUCUUCGCUCUCCUUUUUUGCCUCGUCGUCUGCGCACGCGGCGUCCAACGCGCCUCUGCCCGCGGCCUCGGCGGACCAGGAAACGGGGAAAGGCGCCGCGGACGCUGAAGCUGCGCCUCCACAGUGCCAGCUGUGCGCGGGCGCGUGUGCAGUUGAGUGCGUUCGCUACCUCUUUCGGGUUCUAGGCGAGUCUCAGCAGGCAUUUUUCUUCGCCGUCGUCGACGUGCUUCUCCCGCGAAACUACCCAGCGGUGCCACCCUACGUCGCCGUCGGCCUCUCUCAUGCGGUGCCCAGGAAGGAAGUCGAGAAGCUGCUUGCCCAGCUGCAGAAAGAAUAUGAAGCCUCCAAAGGCGAGGUUGUUCUGUAUCGGCUCUGCCUUCAACUCCAGUCUUUCACGGCGGAGCUCUCCAGCACGUCGUUGUUUAGCAAUCUGUGGGAAGAGAUGCACUUCAUGGAGCGCCAGCGGCGCCACCUGCUUCUGCGCGAGCAGCACAAGAGGCACCAGAGCCUGAAGGCCCGGCAGAGUCUUCUAUUGCAUCAUCCGUUCGGGGCCUUCUCCGGCCUCGCGGCAGAUCCGCUCGGCCGCGGCUUCCCGCUUUCCUCGUCCCUCUCUGGCGGCCGCCACGAUUUGGGGAGAGGCUCGCUCUCGUCGUCGCUCGCCGCGUUUGGCGGAGACGGCGACGACCUCGUGGACGCCGGGGGUCCUGAAAAGCGCGGCGGUCCCGGGCGCCUCGGCGCCGCGUUGCGUGGAGCCUCGGGCUCGGGCGAAGACCUCGGCGGCGGCGCGGAGCGCGGCGUGCGCGAGCCGCGGCCGGGGGCCUUCGGCACCGGGCGGGACGACGAGCUGCGGGGGCGCGUGACUGGGGGUCCGCCGGAGAAGGAGGCGAGGCAGAGUCGCUUCGGCGCCGGGCGCGCGGCCUUCGAUCGCUUCGGCGAGCGACGCGGAGAGAACGCCUUCACCUUCCAGGCAGCGGUCAAGGCGCGCAUGCGGCAGGUCCUCGACGACGGCAGACAAGAGUUGUUCGAUAAAGUGCCGUCGCCGCUCUACACCCGGACCAUCAGCUGGGCGGACGGCGAAGAGGACGGCGCGUACCAGUGGGAGGACGAGGAGGAAGACGAAGACCUGUCGAGCUUCGAAGAAGACGCUGUGGAUAUACAGUCAUGCUUUUACACAUCUUCGCCGUCCCGCUCGCGACGCCUCUCCUCGCGCCGCUGGCUGCCGCAGCUGCGGCGGCCGCGCCCGUCCGGUGCGCCUCCGGCCUCUUUGGCUGCGGAGCCCGCAGAACCCGAGCUAGGUCGGGCGGCGAGUGCAGGCGCGGUGCGGGGGGAGAAAGAGCUCCGCGGCGACGUCGGAUCCAGGCCUGCGACGGCGAUCCCCGCUCUGCGUGUCAGCGAGCUUUCAGCGACCAACGAACGAGACGACGCGCACGAGGAAGCCGAUUCGCGAGACCACAGCUUCGCCUCCGCGAGUGGCGGGGGACGCGACCUGCGCCCCGGCGCCCGACUCGCGCCACCUGGCUCGUGUGGAGGAACGGAGGCGCGCGAGGCCGGCGCCGACAACUCCUGCGUCUACGCGAGCGCGUGGGUCUCCAGCGCGCCGGAGGCGAGAGGCGACACAGAUCUUUCGUCGCACUCACUGGAGUCCACCGACCGCGGCGACUCCGCGGGGGUCGGGGGCGCGCCGGGCGAGCGUGCCGGUGGGGCGGCGCGCGAGAGUCGACGCGCAGGCGGCCGCGGAGGGAGUCUGCGCGCGCUGCUGCUAAACUCGCAGAGAACGACGCGAUAUGAAAGGGACUUCCUGCAGGUCAAGAUUCUCGCCACGCGCGAACGCUGCCGCGUGGCGCUGGUCUACCACAUCAUCGACAAGCACAAGUACAUCGUGAAGCAGGUCUUCGUGCCGUGCUUUUCGUCGUCUUCGGGGGCUUUCCUUUCCCUGUCGCGCGCGGCGAACCCGCAGACCUCGCAAGUCGCCGAGGGCAGCAGACUGCGGAAGCAGCCCAAAGGCCUCGAACUCGUCGACAGGUCUCUGCAACAAGUCACGCUCCUCUGCGCGCUCCAACACCCUUACAUCAUGCGCUACCAUCAAGCGUGGACGCAGUACCACACGUCGUCCUCCCUUCCGCCGCUGGUCAGAGUGAGCGGCGGAGACUCUUCGGGCGCCUCGCGGGCACGAACAGGCUCCACUGAGGGGUGCCCGCGGGCAGACGCUUCCGGCGGCGGCGACGAGCCGUUCAUCGGCGUCUACAUCCAAAUGGAAUUCUGCGAACGCAGUCUCGAGGACGAACUAGAAAAGCGCACAGUUCUGCACUGGGACUCACAGCAAAUAUGGACGCUCUUCAGACAGACACUGGAGGCGCUGGUGUACAUACACCGCAACCGCGUGUGCCAUUUGUCGCUGAAGCCGUCGAACGUUUUCCUCGAGCCUGACGCCUACGGCUACAACGUAAAGCUUGGGGACUUUGGCGUGACAUCGUUGAUCGGGGUGGCUCACAACACAGACACGCUGUUUUCGCGUCUCUACGCCGCCCCCGAAGUCCUCGCGGCGAUGGAAAAAAGCGGCCGAGGCGCUCCGUUCGCGAUCCGAGAUGCGGACAAAGCAGACAUGUAUUCACUGGGCGUGCUGUUCGCGGAGAUGUGGGCGCGGCACGAAAUGUUCGGGCGCGCAUGCAGCCGCGCAGAGUUCCUCACGGCGCUAGUCAAGGAUCGCGACUUGAAGCAGCUUAAGGUGCCGUCACCCGCCGCGAAGAUCAUCAAGCUCCUGCUCUCGCCCAAUCCCGCGGAUCGUCCCUCGUCGAUGUCGCUUCUGCAGUCGUCUCUGCUGCCGCCUGCGGUUGAGGAAGAGUUGUUCAAAGCCUUUCUGCUUCGCCUCCGCACGCAGCUUCACCGCCGCGCAUCGGUCGCAGUUGUGCCGCGCGCGCCGUCGCCCUGCGUCUCCGCGGGAAAGAAGAAAACCGAGGCCGGGUCGCGGAAGAAAGCUCCAGACAGGUCGCCGAGGUCUUCCGCCGCUCACGCGCAGGGCGGCUCCAGCCGAAGCGCCGCCGUUGGCCUUGCGACGGAAGUCCUCAAAAUCUUCUUCCGCAGGCAGUUCGACGCCGCUUCAGCUGCGCUCCUCUUAAACGACUUCCUCCGGCGCUCUAGCACCGCGCCUGAGCACGACGCGCGCGUGUUGGUGCAGCAGACGCUCGCUGAAUACUUUGCGCGCUGCGGCGGAGACCAGGUUCAAGUUCCGCUCCUCGUGCCGCUCACGAAGAGCCUGGCGGACUGCGAAGAGGCCAUGAAGCAAACCCCGACGCACGCGUCGAGUCGCCACUCGGAGUCCCUGUCGCUGCUGGACGAGCGCAACGUGCUCCUCACGCUGCCGCGUUUUUUCUCUUCUGCCCUGGCGGUCUGCGGCGCUUUGGGUGCGUUCCCCUGCUCGCUGCACUCCGCCUCGGUGGCGGCCUCGCCCGACGCAGCGCUGCAGCAGCUGCUCCUGCAGACUCCGUUCGCGGCCUCGUCGGCGUCUCGGGGCUCGCUGGCUGCCGCGCCUCUCUCGCCUUGCCCCUUCUGUGGGACGCCGUCGCCUUCGCGCGCGGCUGCGCCUGCGCCUGGGCCUGCGCCCUGGGCUGGCGCCUCGCUCUCUGCGUCCUUCGCGCAUGCGACGCUGCUCGCCGCGCCCUCGCCGCUCGGCUCUGCGGACGGCAGAAGCGGAGAAGACAGCGAACGCGGAGGGCGAGAGCGACCCGAAGACCUCGAGCUCGCGCUCCAGGGCAAGGAGUACCGGCGCUUCGCCAUCGGGCACUGCUACACCGCGCCGGCGGUCUCCUUCCUGGCGAGCUACGGGCACCCGGUGCCGAGUGUCUCAGCCUGCUUCCAGAUUCUCUUUCCCUUAUCACCUCCGGCUGCAUCAGCAUCGGGGUCGUCGCUGGGGUCGCCCAGUGCGUCGCCCGACAGCCUGAGGUACUUGAAGUCCUCUUCUUCCUCCUCAGUCGCGGCCCCAGAGGAGGCGAGCCGCAGCCUCACGUCGGCGACGGUCUCGUCUGCGCUGGUGCUCGCGCCUGAAGCGCAGAGGACGGCGCUGCUGGAGGCCGAGGCGCUGUCGGUCUGCAGCGGCGCCCUGCGAAAAACUGAAUGUGCGCUCGCGCUGAACCUCGGCUGGCGAGUGUCCUGGACUCUCGGCAAGCUCCUCUCCGCCGUCCUUCGUGAAUUGUUUUUCGUUCCGCUGUCUGACCUGCCGAGUGCGAUGGCCGUGAUGCGGCACGUCUGCCCUUUGGAGACUGGCGAGAUCCCAGACGCCGCCCUGCAAAGCGCGAUAGAGAGAAUCAUCGAGCACCACUCCGUUCUGCCGUUUGCGCAUCGCGCGUGGUUCGCCGAGAAGCUGAAGCGCGUUGUGGACAGCGCGGGAGGGUCCGUCUCCCUUGUAGUGGAGCGGCUGUUCGCCGUCUUCCGCGAUGUCACGUCUCGCAUGCGCGGCGACCGCGUCCUCUCGCGUCUGUUUCGUCUCCUCGCCCACCGGCCCCUGGCGCCGCGCUCGCUGCUUCUGCAGCUGCUGUCCUCCUCGGCGGCCGUCGCCAGCUGCAGCCGCGAGCGAAGCAGACGCCGCUUGGCGCGCGACGACGCAGCCGAGAGCGGCGGCGCGAGCUGCGCGGCGGAAGAAACGGGCGAUGAAGACGGCAGCCAAACCGACGAGGAGCAACUGCCUGUGACCUUCCUCUCAGGCGAGCUGGGGAAGGUGCUCGUUAGAGCGCUCUACAUCGAGCGCUGCUUGCAGCGAGCCGGCGAAGACACGAGCCGCUUUUUCUUCUGCGUCUUCUUCCCCGGCGUCUUUGCUCCAUACGACCCCGCGCGCCUCAUUUUCCAAGCCUCCGUCGGGGCGUCGCCCCUCGAGGCGGCUCCUGCGCCGGGUUUGCCCGUGGGCGAUGGCGGCCUCGUGUUCGUCUGCGCCGCUUUCCCCCGCUUCUUCGUGGAGCGUCUGGGCGGCGCCUCCGAAGCGACGCGGCGACGACGCGGCGCUCACUUGCGGCGCGGCGCCCGCCUCCCCCCCCUCGGCGUCCACACACUCAGCUUCGAGUUGGCAGUCGAGCGCGUCUUCUCCUUCGCGUCGGUCAUCCGUUACUUGCGCAGCAAUCCGUCGCUCUGCGAGCUCAGCUCCCACGCGCCGCUGCCGGCCUUCUCUCUCCACCUCGGCGCCGCGGCGGAGGUAGAUGCCGGUGCCUGGCGCCUCGCAGCGGGCCUUGUGAAGGCCGGCGCUGCCGCAGACGAGGCGCGCAGAGAAGAAGAAAAACAAGAGGACACCACGCUGCCGGAGGUCGUCGUCACCGUGCAGAGCGGCAAGCAGCUGCCGCUGGGCUUCUCCCUGGUAGCCAAGCUCCUCAGACGAGGCGUGCGGGCGGAGCUGCGCGUGACGCCGGUAGUGGAGACGUCAUAUUUUCAGCGGCUGCUUCGGCGGUCGCGGCGGAUUCUGUACCAAGCUCAGAUUCAGCACCACCGGUCUUCGGCCUCGCAUCCGAGCGUCGCUGCGGCCGCCUCGCACUCGACUGCGGGCGCGCACGACCCUCUGGCGGCUGCAGGCGCGCGCUACGGACUCGCUGCCUCCGCCUCGCCGCACCACGACACAGGCGGCCGCGAGCACCUCCCGCCGUUUUCUUCGUCCUCGGCGUCGCUGCUGGCGCCGCCGGCGUCGUCGCUGGGGCCCUCGGAGCCCGGCGGGCUGCACAGCGCGUUCACAGGGCUGGGCAAGGAGGACGCGCACUUUGCCUCGCUCCUCGCGAACGCCGGCGGCUCUUCCGCCUCCUCCGCCUCCUCCGCUUCGCUGCACGUCGCGCCGGCGGCCUCGAGCUCUAUGUCACCAUUCUUCGCUACUUCCGCCUUCGCUGCGACGCCCUGCGUGGCGACGCAGGCCGCCUAUGUCAUCGAGGAGCUGCACGCCGAGGACGCGCGGGGAGGCGAUCGCGUCUGCGCGUCCUCGCUCCUCUUCGGCGAGCGGAAAAAGCGAAAGGUGUUUGACGAGAAUGCGGCCGUUCAGCUGCUCUGCACUGCCCUAGUGGAGGGCUACAACGGCACAGGCGAGAAGGGCUUGAGCGGCAAGAAAGCUAAGCAAAAAGGAAACGCCGCGGCCGCCGCCGGCGAGCGCGGAGGCGCGGACGCAGAGCCUGGCGGCCGGGCGCAGCGCAGCGCCAGGGACCGCCGCUGGGAGAAAGACGGGGAGAAAGCCGAGAGAAAAAGAUGA